CACCUCGUGGGUUGCGCGCGCUCCCAGUUCCACCGACUUCGACGUCCUGGAGAGUUCGUUCCUCGCGCUGUGGCCAUUUUAUUAUUUCGCCAGCAGUAUUGGGGAUUUAAUUUCGCCUACCUCCUAGAGCCCGGGACCUGAAUUUUUAUUUCCGAGCAGAUCCAACACCGGAUCCAUACCUGCACGCAGUCAUGAAAACCUCCUUUGGGCUGCUGGCCACAAUACUGUGGUACCUCUUACCAAGUGUCUCAUGGGCUGCUAAGAUCAUUGUGGUCCCUCCUAUAAUGUUUGAGAGCCACCUGUACAUCUUUAAGACACUGGCAUCGGCGCUACAUGCUGAAGGUCAUGAGACGGUGCUGCUGGUGUCGGAAGGGCGAGACGUGGCGCCUUCGGCGCACUACCGCCUGCAACGUUACCCAGGUAUAUUCAACAGCUCAUCAGCAGCAGAUGACUUCCUGCAGGCCAAGGUUCACAACAUCUUCUCGGGCCGCCCGACACCGCUGGAGCUCUUUGACAUCCUGGAGCAUUAUGCACAGAACUGCGACAGUGUGGUGGGCAGCAGGUCAGUGAUGGCACAGCUGCAGCAGGAACACUUCGACCUGCUGCUCGUCGACCCUAACGAAAUGUGUGGCUUCGUGCUGGCGCACAUCCUGGGUGUGCCCUAUGCUGUCUUCAGCACAGGCCUGUGGUAUCCAGCAGAAGUGGGUGCUCCAGCACCGCUCUCCUAUGUACCCGAGUUCAACUCCCUGCUAACAGACCACAUGACACUGACACAGCGUGUGGCCAACACUGUUGUGUACUUGGCAUCACGCAUAGGAGUGCACCUGCUUGUGCUGCCCAAGUACGACCGAAUCAUGUGGCGACAUGCUGUGCAGCCACCAGCCUCCAUGCAUGAUCUGGUUCAGGGCAGUCGUCUAUGGAUGCUUUGUACUGACUUGGCUCUAGAGUUUCCUCGGCCUACAUUACCUCACGUCGUUUAUGUUGGCGGAAUCCUCACCAAACCACCGAGCCCUCUGCCACAGGAAUUUGCUGCCUGGGUGAAUGACACAGACGAGCACGGUUUUGUGGUGGUGUCGUUCGGCGCAGGAGUGAAGUACCUCUCUGACGACAUCAGUUACAAGCUGGCAGGAGCGCUGAGCCGUCUGCCUCAAAAAGUCAUCUGGAGGUUUUCUGGAGUUCCCCCGAGGAACCUGGGCGACAACACAAAACUGGUGGAGUGGAUGCCACAGAAUGACCUGUUGGGACACAAAAACACAAGGGCGUUCCUGAGCCACGGAGGUCUGAACAGCAUCUACGAGGCCAUGUACCAUGGCGUCCCGGUCGUCGGCGUACCGCUCUUCGGCGAUCACUACGACACCAUGACGCGAGUGCAAGCCAAAGGCAUGGGCAUCAUGCUGGAGUGGAAGAAAAUGAGCGAGGAGGAUCUUUACACGGCCAUGCUCAACAUCAUCACAGACAGCAGGUAUCGAGAAAAAGCCCUCAAGUUGUCGGAGAUCCACAAAGAUCAGCCCGGCCAUCCUGUGACACGCGCCGUUUACUGGAUCAGCUACAUCCUGCGGCACCGUGGUGCUGAGCACCUGCGCUCGGCCGUCUACAGCGUCCCUGUCUACCAGUACUUCCUGCUGGACGUCACCGCCGUCCUGGGGGCGGCCUUCUUCCUCAUCUGCUACUGCGUGUACUGGAUAGUUCGACUGGUCCGCUCGUGUUUGAGGAGACGCAUGGCCUCGGUGGAAAAGGCCAACGGACACUGUCACAAUGGCGUCGCGAACGGCAAGCACAAACGCAACGGCCACGUCAAGAGCCUCGACAAGAAGCUGAAAUAACAAACCUAGGCAAAAAAGAAAUAAAAAUCAUAAAUUAAUAGACACUGAAGCUAUACUAAAGAGGAAAAACUAACGACAUGCCACCUGCGACAGGAAGUAAACACACAGCUGAACAAACCAACAACACAAGAUGAAGGCGUGACGUGAGCUGAAAGCCAAAUGGAACGGGAGUGUGAGAAAAAAAAAUCAUUUGGAUUGUUGGUCCAAGUCUGAUUUCUUCACUCGUCCGUUUGGAUCCAGUGAACGUUGGUGUGCGAUUCGGAAUCUCGACUCCAUCCUCGCAGGAGAAAAAGUGACAGUUUUAAUGUUACAAAUAAAUUUUAUUAACUAGUUGCCCUCCUGACGAUGUCUCAAUUUUCAGGUGUCUGUAUAGAAUAUCUGUAUUUAUUAUUAUUUUUUUUGUCCCGACUAAUUUUUUGAAAAUCUUUUCUUGCUUUUCUCCCUUAUCCAUCCCGAAGGUGCUCGCAUCCCCUCGAUAUGAUUUUUUUUUCGGCUCGUUAGUUGUUGCUAUAGAGAGAUUAGGAUGACGGUGGGCCUUGGAGAAAAAUUACCACCCUGAAUAAUUUUAAUAUCCAUAAUUCUAAACUGGUGCAAAAGAUUAAUCCCUCGACAUUACCCACAGUGAUGAUAGUGAUAACAGUGAUAUCUGCUGCCCUUGCUUCAUCCCUGCCUAAAGAGAGCAUUGCAGCGGCGCUUUAGUCCUUUAUUCUGUGCAGCUCUCUCACCUUGUUCACAAACGCCUCAGCUUUCAAAUCUUUCGAUUCAUUCAUUUAUUUUAUUUUUUUUGUGCUAAUACUGCCGGCGUAAAUGCUAAACCCACCCGACUAUGGCACCAGCGCACACGGAAAACACUGCACCAGCCGACAAAUCAGCACCGUACUCACUAAACCCCAAUAUUUCAUUAUUUCAACAUAAGCACCAAUUUUUUUCAGGGUGAAAUUUUCCUUUAACGCUAACAACACAGUGAUUUAGUGAAACUGUGCGUACGUGCUGCUGCUGCUACCAGGUAAUCCUAGUUCGCCAUAGAGCAAGCCCACCUGCCAUUGUUUUGUUUUGUUUUGUUUUGUUUUGUUUUUCUAUUAGGAUCUUUAAAACUUAAUCCUUUAAAUCGUAGACGUGUCCGUUUUAAGCGUGUUUUCAAGCGAUAGAUCAAAAAAAUGUUCCCAAUAGACUUAAACAGCUUUACUCUUGAACAGGAAAACACACAUGCUUUACUCUUCCACUUCCUUCUUUUUCUUGUCCUCACAUUCCCUUUCGUUCUGCCUUCAGGCACUUAACUUGUGUGUUUGUGUGUGUGUAUGUGUGAAUGAAACAGGUUUGAUUGUCGGUGUGUAGAAUAAACAUAGCGCUGAUGUACAUCCUGUAGCUUCUCACAGAGGGAGCGUGUCCUCUGAGGCCUUAUAUUGUAAAUCUACGGUACUGUAGUUGAAAUCUCACGAUGCACCACGCCUCUUUGGAACCUUUUUUUUUAUUUAUUUUUUAAUCGAGCUGUGAUCGUUUUAUCGUUUAGGGUUGGUCGUUUUACCACUGCUGCUUGAAGAGUUCCAAUAACAUUUCACACAAAUCAGACUUGUACUUUUUCGAGCGAUUGCUCACGCAACACAACACAAUGCGAUUAGAAAUUAUUUACGGCUAUGUGGCAUCGUUUAAAGAGAGAGAGAGAGAGGGAGAGGGAGGAAAGAAAAGCUCUCUUGUGAAAGAUUUUUCCAACCAAACAUUCAAGUAAACCCAUUGUAACCAUCAUUUUAUCCCUCCUUCGACAGGUAACACAAAACCCGACUAGAAAAAAGUGUAAAUAAUUCGCAGAAGUUUCAGCCAUUUUCUCUGUGAGCUUUAAGCAUUUUUGCAAGCCAAGCACUGUUUAUAUAAUUACGUCCAUACUUGAAUAUUGUACUGUACAUGGCUGCGAAAUGGCUGGAAAUGCACCUAGGCUAUGACCGGAGUAAUGGCUACACCCUGAAAAAAAAACUCUUUCUUCCAUUUAACCAUCACUUUCUGCUCACUUUUUUUUUUUGGGUCAUAAUUACAGUAUUAA